AUGCACGACCUCAAGCAUCAUCUGCAUCUGCCGUUCCAGGGCGCCAAUUUCGGAUUCCGGUUUAUGGAGGGCUAUUCGGGGCUGCCCGCGCACCUCUUGCACCAUCUGCAGCCCCAGUUCUUGCACCCGGCCCUAGACCCGCGGAUAUCGUUUUCGCCGGCGGGCGUGUUCCAGCCGCUCGGUUCGCCGAACCCGCACCACCCACAGCACCAGCAUCACGCGGCCGCCGCCGUGGCCGCGGCCGGUCUCAAAGGUUUCACGUCCGCGUUCGCGCCGCCGUCAAAAUGCUACAAAAUGGACGACAAAUCGGCCGCGCACGCCGAAGCCGUCUCGGCGCAACAACAGCAUCAACAGCAACAGCACCAAAUCCAGCAGCAGCAACAGCAACAACAGCAGCAGCAGCAGCAGCAGCAACACCAACAACAACAACAGCACAAUCAGCACCACCAACAGUCUUCGUUUCCGUAUCCUCCGCGGAGGAGUCCGUGUUCGCCGGCCAGCAUGUCGAUGUCGCCUCCGUCGUCCGCGGCCGCCGCAGCGGCAGCAGUGGCCGCCAACAUGCACCAGCACGCCAAAGACGAGUGUUCGGACCGAGACACGCCGAGUUCCGGAGCCGUGUCCGAAGACGGCAGACUGAUCAGAAGUAAGUGUCCUUUUUUUUUUUUAUUUUAUUUAUUUAUACCCGUCAAGGGCAGCGUUAAAUACAGGGUGGUUAAUCCGUCGCAAAACCCCGCAAAUUAAAAAAUAAAUCGUAUCUCGUCCGCGACGGGUUGACGGGAGUGUGAAAAAUGUCGACGCCAACAUGCAUUUCAAUUGAAACGUCAUCCGUUUGUGGAAUUUGCAAUGUCUGUGUUAUAUCGGUUACCGUUUGUAAUCGAAAUUCGACAGCGGUCUCACGCGGUCGAACAUAAUGCGGGGGACCGAAAUUGGGGCACUGUAACAUUUCGGAAUCGAUCGCACGACUGCUGUGUGCGGUUUAAAUUUGGUCGAAAACCGAAAAUUCCGAAAGAAAAAAAAAAAAAAACGUUAAACUUUCCGAAGUAAUAACGGCGUAGUGUCUGACGGAAAAUCAAUCACCCUGUAUAAUAUUUCAGCCGGUCGUUAUGCUGCGUUACAUAAUGUGACUCAAAACACGCAGCGCGUCAUAAUAGUACAUUAUUAUUAUGUUGUUCGGAUCGUUUUACGCGUAUUAUUGCAGGUUAACAUUUUUUUUAAUUUUUUUUUUUUCAAUACUACUUAAAAGAAAAAAAAAAUUUCGUCGUACCGGUGCGGCGGGUUUUAACGACGUGACGAAUGGACUCGGCACUCUAUUAUACGGGUUUCAGUAUAGGUGGUCGGCGGGGAUGGGGUUUUGCGGAAUACUAUCCGACUAAUUCUAUCUAUGGUCGUCCGAAUACUGCAAACGCAGUUUAACUACCAAAUAUUGUCAAAAAUUACAUAUUCAUCGUGCCGUGCAUUGCAGUUAAUUUGGACGCUACGCGCCGUAUUUUAUUGCAUACCUACCGACGUGCACGCUGGAAUGCUGUACAAUUUUGAACGUCUGCGAAAAUCGAUUUUAAAAUUUUCCAUCUAAAAGUGUAUUUAGGUUCCGAACAAUUAGAUUUUGUUUUUUUUUUUUUUUUUAGUCACUGUUGCAUUUAUGCCCGGUAUGUGGGCGGGACAUUCGUAUCGAAAUCGAUGCGCCGCGCGAAAUGCCAACUCGCAGUAUUACGUUACGGCGAUAACAUCGCUGCCGUCUUCUUUCCGUCUUAAAUCGUUUAACUCCGGUACUCCGCGUUCUCCUUCCGUAAUUUAAUUCGUUUGGCGGUGGAGACCUGCAGCCCUUUCGGCCCCUCCCCCAAACCCCUCCCAUUCCACGGCUAGCAUCCCGGUGUCGGAUAAAACGGAAAAUACGGUCCCCGCCGUCGAAACGUGUAGUUUGCGGUUCGCGAUCUCGAGUUUUGUUCGCGGCAGUGAUCGUUGCACGCAUUUCGGAUUCGCGUGACCGGCCACCGUCACGCGGGUAUUUCGUCCUCCGUCGUGUUCCCCGGCGCGCGAUACGAAAACGUUCGUGUCGCGCCCCGACGCCGCCCGUACCACGGGGCGAACGUUAAAGCGCUUAAUGCGCGGACGGCGACGCGCCCCCCCCAUUCGUCGGUCUCCGUAACGCCGCCGCGACCGGCGUUAACGCGCGUAAACCGCGGAAACCGGGGAAACCCAAUUCGUUCGUCGCUUCGAGCGCGGGGGGCGCGCGACGCGCGCGUACCCGGCGUCCGCGUAAUCGCGUUGCGCGAAUCGCGGUCGUUUUACGUCGAAAUCGCGGUUCGAACGUUUCGACUGCGGCCGCGUCCAAAGUGGUCCCGAAUUCGCGUUUCGAGGGCGGCGCGCCGGGCCGUAUAUUCCAAAAUCUCGCGGACCCGAGAAUCCGCGUGGUCCCGUUAUUUUGAAUGUCGCGAUGCUUUCUCGGUUUCGACCGAUCCGGAGGAGCCGGUUUCAUUGGGGUUUUCCGAGUUCGGCCGCUCUCAGCCCGACGAGUGGCCGACGCCGACGUCCCGACGUCCGGUUCGACGUUGGUUGAAACCGAGCGCGCAUCACCUUUGCCGAUAACCGCGUCCCGUCAAUAACGCCGGAUCCGUUUACGGCCAGAUUUCGGUUGGACGUGACGGCCCGGGCGACGUCUUGACUGUUCGCCGUCACUCGCCGCCCGUCCCGACGACGCGGCCCAUUCAAACCGACCGCACGCGUUUCGCGCCUAGGUGUACGGCAUGCCCGUCAACAGCCGCGGCCGGCUCGAGCACUGCGGUGUCAACCGAAACUCCGGAGUUUACGUUUCGGCAAUGUGACGCGAUUUCGCUAUUGCGCCCGUUGCAAUAAUAUAAUGUUACUGUAUUAACACGGGCCGAGGGGCCGGUAAACGGAUAUUAUUUCUGAUCGCUCGGAAACGAGGUUUUUUCCCAACCCCCUCCCCCCCACCGGCCGCCCGGCACCCGGUCGCGGUGCGACAGGCGCGCGGCAUUACGUGCCUCAUCAACGGUCACACGUGUCGCGCGGAAACUUUGCCGUUAUCGGUCCGCGUCAACUUUCGAACGCAAACUAUUACGCGGGUACCGUUUACCCCUUUCCGUCGGCACGAAACUUCCGGACGGCCGACCGUCCCGCCGCCCCUCCCGCCCACACGCGCACAAGCGGCUAAUAUUCCAGGUCGUUACGGAGGAACAAAAACCGCGCGGUCGUCGGUCCGCGGCGCGGCGUCCGGCUCGGUACGGCCGGGCGGUUCACGCGUGCGGUGUCGCAUAAUGCGCGAUCCGUAAUGACUGUUUUGAUGGCCGCGUACGAAACUUGUGACAUAAUAUACAGCGCCGCCGGACCUUUGUUUUGGUCUUGCACGCCCGCCGCGGCCUUUUUGUGCGGCCGCGCAGGGGCCGACGGGAACUUGGACGGCGGUUCAGCUGUUGCGUCGCGCGCCGAAGUUCGUCCCGCGGCCGAGGACGACAGCGUUCGACAGCGGUGA